AUGAUGGCGGGAGAUGAUGAAGUUGAAGCUGGUUUGGCUAAUCCUUUUGGUACCUCCUCGCAAAGUGUGCUGAAGGGAGAUAAUUACAACGAGUGGGAAACAGAGAUGUUGAACGCCCUUCAGGCGAAGAGAAAAACAAGUUUCAUUGACGGUUCGUUGAAGAAACCAGCCGAGGAUCAUCCCGAUCCUGAAUCCUGGCUUAGUGUCAAUUCUAUAAUUGUUGGAUGGUUACGUGCGAAUACAUCAGUUGAUGUGUCAACUAGCGCUGUGUCGACAAGAAGGACAAGCCGUGAUCGAUUAUUAUGGCCGACUUGCCAAGAUAUGGGAAGAGCUGCAGACCUAUCGUCCUGCACCUCCGUUCAUGUAGUGAUCGCGAUUAUUGAAGCGGAUGUCCUGCAUGAUCUAAGAAAGGUGUAUGUCAAGGUGAUUUGUGAAGAGGACCGGCUAAAUUUCGCCAAGACCCGUGAACAGCAGACCGACGCACUUGGUUUCAUGACUCGCCGUGAAGCUCCUCAAGAUGUCUUAGUAGCAGCUACAAACUCUCGUCGUGAUGGUGGAUUUGGAGCUCGCUCUGAGACAUCUCAAGGAGAGAAUACUUGCUGGCAAAUUAUUGGCUAUGCGGAGUGGUUCACGGAGCAUGGCGGAAGAGGCGGUCGUGGUGGUUCUAACCCCGGAAGAGGACGCGGUCAAGUCAACGCUGUGCAGACGAUGAGUGUUGCUCACACAACUACUCAAAACCCGACUACCACUAUGGACUUGACACUAGAGCAGUGGAGAGCGAUUUCUCAACUCAUCAAUGACAAGGCUGGUGCCUCCUCUGAUAAAUUGGCUGGUAAGAUAUUUGGUUAG